GCUCACCAUGAGCCACUGACACUUGAGUGCUGAAGACUCUCGCAUAUCUCCUGUUUGUGCUCCAGGAGUUGGCAGUGAAUUUUCUCCCCAGUAUCUCCCAUUUUUUCCCCUGUGGAAGCUUCUGGUGUUGACAGAGACUCUCACGUUGGCUCUUCAACCCCAUGGCAUCCUCAUCCCCUAGCAGCGACCCCUCUGAUGCAGAGGAGUGCAAUUGCAAAAACAAAUCCACACUGAAGCUCCCUGGGGACUGUCUCCCCUGUGAAGAGCUCUCAUCCUGUGAGGACAUCAUCCUUCUUGAAGACAUGACUCCCAGUGUAUGUUCUUCAGGCAACCUCAUCUGUCCUGUCCAAGGCAGGUGGGGGCCUGAAGGGAAAAAGAGAUGGCCCAACCUACAACAGCUACCUCUGGACAACCCACAGCAGAUCUAUGAACUAGGUAUCUCUGUGGCCUGUGCUGACGACAAUGGCUUUGAAGAAUCAACUCCCCACAAAAAUCAAUGUAGAGGCAAGGAGUGCCCCGAGGACAAAACAAAAUGUACUAAAGGAAAACUGGAUGGUCUCCUAAAACUGCUGAAUACAUUUCAGAGUUUUGAUUUGAAUGAUGAAGAAAUCCAAAUGGAUGACAAUAAAAAUCACGAAAAACUUCAGAGAAAGAAGAAAGAUGAUGACUGCGAUUUCCUCGAACUUACUACGUUCGAAGACCUCAGCCAAGCAGCUGUCUCUCCACCCAGCUCAGUCAUCAGGAACAGGAGGUGUGUCUAGAAUAGCACAUGUGCAAACCAUCAGGAAACACAGAUGUCGGCCCAUUUCCAGAUUCCCAGAUGUUGGUGCCUGAGACACCGAAGGGACAGGAAUGUGCUGAGAGGGCAGGUAAGGCAAGCAGCAGCCACAAGUCGGGCACCACAGAGGCCUCCACCUCCUCAGCACACCUGGAGGACGACGCCCCCAGACCACCGAGCAUAGCCAUUCGGCUCAUGGGGCGGGCGUUCUGCUGGCUGCACCAGAGAGUCAUUUCCACGGGACGCAGGAGAUGGGGCCCUGAGCAGGCCACCAAGAGCUGCCCUCAGAGGGCUCCACACAGAAGUCGAUGUCUUAGAGGCAAAAGGGUCCAUCCUGACGGACCCCCUGAGCAGUUAGGACCCCGCAUC